CUCUCUGCAGACGAUGGCAGAUUCGACGUUUUCAUCAGUGCUUUAGCAGCAUCGAAGCUGCAAACUCUACUUGCUGAUGAGGACGAGAAGUCUUCGAAGGGCGCACAGCAUGACACUACGCAUACCAAGACCAAGUUCGCGAAACUCCACUGGCAUCAGAAGCAACACAAUUUCAAGCCCGUCACGGACGGGUUCGAGGGCUCACCACGAAUGAAUAUCGCCAUCCUUAUCGUCGGAAGUAGAGGCGAUGUUCAGCCAUUUAUCGCGCUUGGUCAAGUGCUCAAAGCCCCGCCGUACAACCAUCGCGUCCGGAUCUGUACACAUCCGAAUUUCAAAACCUUCGUGGAAGAGAACGGCCUCGAGUUUUUCUCGAUUGGAGGUGAUCCAGAGAAGCUCAUGUCAUAUAUGGUACGCAAUCCGGGCGUUCUACCAACCAGGGCUUCUGUAAAGGCCGGCGACGUAGGCGCGCGACGUGCCGAGAUUGCCGAAAUGUUGGACGGCUGCUGGAGAGCGUGUACGGAGGCUGGCAACGGAGUCGAUCCCAUCAGUCUACCAGCCACCAAGCUCCUAAGCCUGGAUACUAUCACGUCACUGCCGGAUCCGUUUAUAGCUGAUGCCAUCAUUAGCAACCCGCCAGCAUAUGCAAAUAUCCAUAUCGCAGAACGACUAUCUGUACCAUUGCACAUGAUGUUUACAAUGCCCUGGAGUCCGACAACAGCAUUCCCCCACCCUCUCACAAAUGUCAAGUCAGGCAGCAGUAACAGGAAAAUGGCCAACUAUCUAUCUUACUAUAGUAUGGAAUUGCUAACCUCGGAAGGUCUCAUCGACCUUGUAAACGAUUUUAGAGAGAACACGCUCGCCUUGGAUCCUAUCCAUGCGGCCUGGGGUCACCAACUACUUCCUCAACUGAAAGUCCCAUUCACUUACUGCUGGUCGCCAGCCUUGAUUCCGAAACCUCAGGAUUGGGGCUCCCACAUUACCAUUAGUGGAUUCNNUUUUUUUCUAGAGACGAAGUCGUCUUUUCAACCAGAUGAAGCAUUAUCCGAAUUCUUAGCAGCUGGACCACCACCCGUUUAUAUUGGUUUUGGUUCGAUUGUGGUCGAUGAUCCGGACAAUUUGACAAACAUGAUCUUGGAAGCUGUGCGAUUGUCCGGAGUGCGCGCUCUCGUUUCCAAAGGUUGGGGCAACCUCGGAGGCAAAGACGUCCCAAAGAAUGUGUUCUUGCUUGGCAAUGUACCGCAUGACUGGCUUUUCCCGCGAUGUUCGGCAGUGGUACAUCAGGGUGGUGCAGGCACUAUGGCCAUCGGUAUAGCGCUAGGAAAACCGACAGUAGUGGUUCCUUUCUUUGGCGAUCAACCAUUCUGGGGAGAAAUGGUUGCCCGAGCUGGUGCAGGCCCGUCACCAAUUCGCUACAAAGACUUGACGGCGGAGAAGUUGGCAAGCCAAAUUACCCAAGCGCUGGAACCACAAGUCCAAGAUCGAGCAAAGGAGCUUAGCGAUCGCAUUCGAACCGAAACGGGCACUCAAACAGCAGCCGAGAUGUUUCAUGCUACGGAACAGAUGCAGCAUUUGAACUGCUUCCUAAUCGCGGACAGAGUCGCCGUUUGGCGAGUGCGGCACACCAACAUCCAACUCAGCGCACUGGGUGCCAGUAUUCUCAUUCAUCACGGCAAGGUCGACUGGCGAUGUCUCAAGCCUCUACGCAAGCAUCGCUGGUAUGUCGAGCAAGGAGCACAAGACCCACUCAUUGGCGCUCUGGCCACGAUAGGUUCGACCGCAGUUGGUUACAAGACUUGCGCUUCGAAGCUGAGCAGAGAAGUCAGGAGCUCAACCUCGGCUGCGAACGCGGACUCCAAGAUUUUGAUCGAUGGGCAGAGUGCUCCUGCUGGUAGACGCAACGUGUUCAAAAGCAUCGGCAAGUUUGGCGCCGGAGUAGGUGGCAAGACUCUGCUGUUCCCAAUCGACCUCCUAUACAACAUCACGAACGGUUUCCACAACGCGCCCGCGACUUGGAUGGGUGACCACACCGUCCGGAUGAGGAAUGAAAUCACUGGCGUCAAGACAGGGUUGAAAGCUGGAGCCGAAGAAGUCUGCUUCGGAAUCUACGACGCCGUAACCGGUGUGGUAACCCAACCGAUCCAUGGUUUCGAAGAACAUGGUGCAGUCGGGCUUGUGAAAGGUGUAGGCCGUGGUAUCGGAGGUCUUGUUUGCAGNAGUGUGGCUGGCGCCAUAGGACUCCCAAGUUACGGCAUGAAGGGUCUGGCGAAAUCGGUGCGCAGAGGUUGGAAAGAUAGCGACGCAGCGCCAGACGAGGAGGCCAUCGCGUUCUUGAGACAGCUGGAACAUCGCGAUAGUGUCGGAGGUCAGGAAGCUUCUCUAGGACGUAAGCAGACUGUUGCUUUGUCCUAUGUGAGCAAGGCUACUGGAAAUGGGGUCAUGCGCUUGAUCAUGAGGCGACGCGGAUGGCAGAACCACACAGAGGUACUGCGGCUUCGAGAAGACCCUGAGAAGGCCGCGUCUGUCGAGCAGAAUGUUUUGAUGAAGUGGGAGAGCUUGAAAGUGCCAGCCAAGUUCUGUAGCAGUAGA